CUUCAUCGCUAUUUAAGCCAGGAGAGGGGAGAGGGCCGACUCUUGGGGGGAUACAGAUCUGCAGACAGAGAGGAGCAGCAUGCACAGUCAGAGCAUGUGGACAGCGGGUCUCCUGAUGGUGACCCUGUGCACGCUAACACUGGCCCAGUUCCCCCGAGCGUGUGUAACCCCUGAGGUGCUGCAGACUGGCCAGUGCUGCCCAUCUCCCACAGGGUUGGUAGGGGAUGAGUGUGGCUUCAGAUCAGGGAGGGGGCAGUGUGUGACCAUUACAGCCGACAACAUGCGCUACGGACCCCAGUACCCCUAUGCUGGGCGUGAUGACAGAGAGAUGUGGCCGAUGAGAUUCUUCAACCGCACUUGCCAGUGUAAUGGGAAUUUUAGCGGCUUCGAUUGUGGGAAGUGCAAAAUGGGCUUACCUGGACCGAACUGUGAUCAGAGGAUCCCUGUGGUGAGGAAAAACAUCACAAUGACCCAAGUCGAGAAGCAGAAUUUUAUUAAUGCUUUGGACCAAGCCAAGAGGACCGCGCACCCUGACCUGGUCAUCAUGACAAGACGAUACCCGGAGGUGUUUGGACCUGAUGGUAACAGCUCGCAGUUUGAGAACAUCUCCAUAUACAACUAUUUUGUUUGGAGUCACUACUACUCAGUGGCUAACACCUUCCUGGGGCCGGAACAGCCAACAUUUGAAGGUAUAGACUUCUCCCAUGAGGGCCCAGGUUUUGUCACCUGGCAUCGCUACCACCUGCUGCAACUUGAGAAAGACAUGCAGAAUAUGCUGGGUAACCCCACCUUUGCCCUGCCGUACUGGAACUUUGCCAUUGGAGGCAGCGAUUGUGACAUCUGCACCGAUGACCUGAUGGGAGCCAGGAGUUCUUUCGAUAUCAACUCCAUCAGCUCCAACUCAGUGUUCUCCCGCUGGAGGGUAGUCUGUGAGAGCGUGGAGGACUAUGACACUUUGGGCACCAUCUGCAACAGCACAGAGACCAAUCCCAUCAGAAGGAAUCCAGCUGGAAACGCCCGGCCCAUGGUGCAGAGGCUGCCGGAGCCCAAGGAUGUGUUGGACUGUCUGGAGCUCAAAACCUUUGACACUCCACCUUUCUACUCCACCUCCUCAGAGAGCUUCAGGAACACAAUUGAAGGCUACAGUGCCCCCCAGGGCACAUAUGACCCUGUGAUCCGCAGCCUCCAUAACCUCGCCCACCUCUUCCUCAAUGGGACAGGAGGACAGACCCACCUCUCACCAAAUGAUCCCAUCUUUGUCCUGCUGCACACAUUCACUGAUGCAAUCUUUGAUGAGUGGCUCAGCAGGCACCAACCAGGUCAAGUAGUUUAUCCUGAGGAGAAUGCUCCAAUUGGGCACAAUAGGAGAUUCAACAUGGUUCCUUUUUGGCCUCCUGUCACCAACGCUGAGAUGUUUGUCCCUGCCCCAGCAAACCUGGGAUACUCCUACGAGGUCGAGUGGCCAACUCCUGGCUUCACCCUGUCUGAGAUCAUCACCAUUGCAAUUGUUGGGGCGGUGAUUGUGGUGACGGUGGUAGGUGGCAUUAUCGCCUGUGCCUUGCGGGCCCGCUCCUACCGCUCAUCCGAGGCCUUGGAGCCACUCCUGGGGGAGACUUUCCGGCGCUACUCAGAGGAUGACAGGAGGUUGGACAAAUCGCAGUCUGUUGUCUAAAUCUACAUCAUUAUAGCCAGGCCUUAAUAUUUCCCUUCAUUUUUUAAUUUUUUUUAUUCUUUUAUUCCCCACUUCUUCUAAUAAAGUUGAACUGGCUUUCAA